AUGGCUCUGCGGCCGCCAGGUGAGACCGGACCCCUGGACAAGGGGUUCUACCCGCCCGACAGGCUCCAGAGCAGCCCCCAACACCUGGCCGCCUACUACCCGCCUUUCGCGCCCUACGGCCACUACGGGAACACCCUAACCUCCGCGGAGGAAGGUUUCCAACCUUUCCGGCAGCUGGAGGCCCUGUCCGCGUCCCCGGCUCUGCCCCCCUUCGCCUUCCGGGCGGCGCCUCCCUUGCUGAGCCCCGACCUGACCCUACAGAGGGAGCCGCUCUACGACCUGCCCUGGUACAGCAAGCUGCCGACGUGGUACCCGAUCCCCCACCUCCCCAGGGAGGUGCCGCACUUCCCCAACGGCAGUCGUGAGUUUACAGCCGCCACCAGUGAAGACUUGGGCCACAUUGGUGGACAGUGUUGGGGACCAGAAAUUCUCGCUCCUCCGCCCGCUGUGGAUGCUUCGCUGUUACCUGAGAGGCCGAAGCGCUCCCAGCCGUUAUCUUGCUCUCCCAGAGAGCGCUCUGAGGAUGGCCCCAAACUCGUGAACCAAGAGGGGAAGGCAACUCACCGUUACCACUUCACCCAGGAAGACCUGCACUUAGUUCUGUACGGGGUCAUCCCCAGCCCUCAGCACUCCGCCCGCCUGCACCACGCGAUUUCGGGCCUCCUGGUCCCCACAGACAGCUCUGGGUCCGAUUCUUUUCCUCAGACUCUGGAUAACGAGUCCCUUCAGCUGCCAGAAGGUCUCUGCCUCCGGCAGACGAAGUUCGGUGAAGUCGCACAUUUUGGUGUGUUCUGCAGUAGUCUUGUUGCCAAAGGAGUCAGGUUUGGGCCCUUUCAGGGUAAAGUGGUCAACACAAGCGAAAUCAAGACAUACGGAGACAAUUCCCUGAUGUGGGAGAUCUUUGAAGAUGGUCAUUUGAGCCACUUUAUUGAUGGAAAAGGAGGCGCAGGGAACUGGAUGUCCUAUGUCAACUGUGCUCGUUUCCCCACGGAGCAGAACCUAGUUGCCGUACAAUGUCAAGGGCAGAUCUUUUAUGAAAGCUGCAAGGAGAUCUACCAGAACCAAGAGCUCCUUGUGUGGUAUGGAGAUUGCUAUGAGAAGUUUUUGGACAUUCCUGUGAGCCUGCAGGUCAUAAAGCAGGGGAAGCAGGCGUCUGGGCCCUCGGAAGAGUCUACAGAAGGGUACAGGUGUGAGAGAUGUGGCAAAGUAUUUACCUACAAAUAUUACAGAGACAAGCAUCUCAAGUACACCCCCUGUGUGGACAAAGGUGAUAGGAAGUUUCCCUGUCCUUUAUGCAAACGGUCCUUUGAGAAGCGAGACCGGCUCCGCAUCCACAUCCUUCAUGUCCAUGAGAAGCAUCGGCCUCACAAGUGUUCUACAUGUGGGAAAUGUUUCUCUCAAUCUUCCAGCCUAAACAAACACAUGAGAGUCCACUCUGGAGACAGACCCUACCAUUGUGUGUAUUGUACAAAGAAGUUCACUGCCUCUAGUAUUCUCCGCACGCACAUCAGGCAGCACUCCGGGGAGAAGCCCUUCAAAUGCAAGUACUGCGGUAAAUCUUUUGCGUCCCACGCUGCCCACGACAGCCAUGUCCGUCGCUCGCACAAGGAUGACGGCUGUUCCUGUAGCAUCUGUGGAAAAUCCUUCCCAGAGCAAGAAGCCUUCUACUCCCACAUGAAGCUUCAUGAAGACUACUAG